CGAAAUGUUGAAGAUCCACUGAUUGAAAGACCUUUUUUGUUACUUGCUGAGUGAUGUGCUGAACAAUACUUGAUAAAUGCAUUUUCUUGCAAGUAAUGAUUUAAGGGUCACAUCAAACUGGUUACUAAAAAGAAAAAACUACCUUUUUCAGUUUUUAAACUAAGUUAUUCAAGAAGUCUAGAUGUUUUAAUAUUAUGCGUAAGAAGAUCGAAUGUGUUUUGCCUUAAACUUUUAGCGUAUUAUCAUCUUAAGCUCUUUGUUCUUAAUGGUAUUAUCAAGACACUACUUACCAAAUAAUUUAUUACGUGAUAUUACGUGAUAAUCGUGAAUUGAUGCUGCUGUCUAUUCUAUUAUUGUGCAAUGGAACGGAAAACUCUUAGGGCCGGUUGUUUCAACUUCUUGGUAAACUUACCUACUAGAUGGUUUACACUUUGUCCAUGUAUUUUAUAACUGAUAUUCUUGGAGCGUCUUAUAUUUUUGCGAGCAGUCUAAAAGUGGGGAUAACCGUUGCGAAAAUUGGCCAAAAAGUGCAAACUGACCGCAACCUAAUUAGUAAUCUAUAGCAAGAAAGAAAAGCAUGAUCUGAAUUGUACAUAAAAGUUGGACAUCCAAUCUAAUAAAGUGUAUAAAGGCUUUCUGAAGAGAAACCGUACUGCAGAAAUUUUAAAUACAAUUGGCGUAGACUUGUUAUCCUACAGUAUAGUCAUCUACAAUCUCAACCUUAAAGCAUAAACCACGAGAAAUGGAUAUAAAUAUUAUUCGCUAUUUUUUCAUUUUUAAUAUAAUUAAUUUCGUGUUAUUCUUGACUGAUUUUUUUGAAUCUCAUUUACCUGCAUUUAUAAAACGCAGCACUUUUUCUUAUGGCAAAUUUAAUGUAAAAAUGCCUUCUAUAAUAGCAACAAAAUUUGAAGUGCCAAAAAGAUGGUUUAGACAUUAUUACAUUUUUUCUGCACCACUAAUGACUAUUAGUCUUUAUCUAAUUUUGCGUACAUGUCUCCAUAAUGUGGAUGUACCUCAAAUUAUGUUUACAGCGCUGGACACAUCAUUAGGAACAUCAAGAAAAUUAUUAAUAUCAGCAGAAGAUACAAUUUUGGCUAUUGUUAUAUACAAUAUACAUUGUUGGAAAAGGCUAUAUGAAUCAUAUUACGUUAAUAUAUUUAGUGAUCAAAAACAGAAUAUAUAUUUUUAUAUAAUUGCAUUAAUACAUUACGUUAGUUUAACACUGAGUAUAUUAGGUGAGUCCCAAGGAUUUGUUAAAGGUUCAUGUGGGAAUAUGCACCUGCACAAAAUUACAAUAGUAAAACUAGUUUGUGUGCUUGUUUGUUUAUGGUCGAUCUAUGUGCAAUUAAAAACAAAUUUUAUUCUUGCAAAAUUACGUAAAAAUAUACAUGGUGACAUUGUAUCCCUUAAAUAUAAAAUACCAUUUGGCGGUCUGUUUAAGUAUGUAUCAAGCCCAUUAUGUUUAUGUGAGGUACUUAUAUAUAUAAUGUUGUCUGCAAUUCUUUGGCAAGCAUCUACGUAUCAUUAUGUUACGCUUUGGGUUAUAACAAAUCAGGGAUACUCUGCAUAUAUAACUCAUCAGUGGUAUAACAAAACAUUCAAAAAUUAUCCAAAAGAGAGGAAGAUUUUAAUUCCUUAUAUAUGCAUGACUGUGCUAGGUAUGUAUACACGUACCGCAAUGAUGAGACUGAAUAUUGUGAGAGCAAUACUAUCUCCUCCACGAUUCGAUAUGCGUGAUGAAGGGUAUGCGAUAAACGAAUACAAAGCAAAGGGGAAAUGGAAUUACUACGAAUGUAUUAUGUAUGUUGCAAAUUCCUCUGUUUUCAGAAGGGAGUGUACAAUGAUAAAAUUAUUAUGAAACACGAUAGGGAGGAGAGUGGUAAUCAUGCUUUUAAAAUCAAUAAGUACAGUUGUAAUGAAAUGUUUCUCUACUUAUAAAAUUAUUAUGAAACAAAAUAAGAGAGGCAAAUGCAUUGUGUUUCUAAAUAAGUGUAGACAUAAUAAGAUGUUUCCACUUGUCGAGUGGGAAAACUUUAGCAGACACGUAUCACUCUGUAUUAUUCUUCGUAAUAAUUUUAUUGACGUAUACCCCACGUGUAAAGAAAAUACAUAGAAGGUAUCAAAUGUUAUAUUGAAAGGAUAAGUAAUAGGUUCAAGAAUACGAAUGUCCAUGUAAUCUUUAUAACACAAUUUUACAUAGAAACAGAAGAAACCGAGACAUUCAGAAACGCUCUUAUAACGAUGUUAGUGCUCUGUAAUUUUCCCGUUUGUCUAAUGAACGCUAGAUAUCGCGCUAGCAUCGGGCGCUAUCUUCAUUAUAAGUGCGUUUGGAAUGUGAGUCAAAGGUUUUAAUGUUUCUAUAAAAUACAAAUAAAUACAGUGAUGUAAGAAAUUUAACAAUAUCUAUAUACAUAUAUAUAUAUAAUUUUAUAAAAAUAUUGUGCAAAUAACAUCUUAGAUAAGGAAAAUGUUAAAAAAAAAUUCUAUGAAAAAAUUCAUGUCUAUAAGAAAAUUAGAUAUCAAAAACAUAAUGCACAUAAGAUAAGUAAGUUUUUAUUUUCUAAUAUUAACCAAUUUUUCUCUCUUUACUCGCCGUUUUAAAAGAAAACAUUUAUAAUUUAUUGGAUGUUCAGAACAUGAAACGUAAAACUUUGUGGUGUUACAUGGGGCUGUUUCUGACACCGUUGAAACAUUCAUGAAUUUUUUAACAUAAAUUGAAACUGAUAAAAAAUAAAAAAGACAUUUUCUUUUAUUCGAGCACAGUC